UGUGUGCUGGGGGCGGGGGGGUUCCCGGUCCGGGCGCUGAUUGGCCGCGGUGCGGGCCGCGGCGGCUCCGCUGUUGCCGAGAGGAAGCGCGAGGGGCCCGGACGAGGCGCUACGGAACCGGGCCGGGAGAGACCGCCGGGUCCUGUGAGUUCACCCUGCCUGGAGGCUGGAAGAUGAAACCCGCGAGGAAGGCUGCCAGCUCCUCUUCUUCCGCCUCGUCCAGCAGCAGCAGCAGCCGUUCUCCCCCAUCCACUCGGGCCAAGACCCAGAAGCGCAGGACGGCUGAGGGGGGGCCCAAGCCGGCAGAGGAAGAGGAGGCGGGCGGGGGAGGUGGGGAGGAAAGCCCUGCCCAGCCCCCGCCCUUGUCAGGCCCCCAUCUCAUGCCAGUGAAGAUGGACCCCGGCUCGCGGGAGCUGCCUGGCAGGCAGAGUGAUCCCUACGAGACACCCGAGGGGGAGCCGGGGUGCGACGACCCCCCAGGGGAGCCCCCUCUGAGCCGCAAGACGGCCACCUUCAAAUCCCGAGCCCCCCGCAAGAACCCAGCGGCCGGGGAGGAGUGGAGCGGGUCCGAGGGCUCCGGGGUGCCAGGCGAGGAGGGCGCCGGGCGCUGCCCCUCCUCCAGCACCGACACAGCCAGCGAGCACUCGGCUGACGAGGACGCCAAGGGAGCUGGGGGGGAGCUGUGGGGCCUGGCUCCCGGCCCCAGCGACUAUGACCUGCGGCUGCUGCGCUCGCAGCGGGUCCUGGCCCGGCGCCAGGGCAUCUUCCAGCCAGCCGUGGUCAAGCACGUCCGGCGUGGCCAGGACCUGGGAGUUCAGUUCGCCGGCGACCGGGCCGUCACCUACUACGAGGGGGCGCUGGGCUCGGGGGCCCUGGACGUGGUCCUGGACACCACGCCCUCUGCGGGCGCCGUGGCAGUGGGGGCCCGUGUCUGCGUCUGCGUGGCCCCCGAGGAGACGACCUACUACGAGGGCACUGUGAUGGAGGUGAGCCUGAAGCCGGCCUCCUACAAGGUGCGUUUCGCCGGCCCCAGCCCGGCCCCCCGCAAGGACACGGUUUGGGUGCCACGCUCCGGCCUGCGGCUGCUGCGCCCACCCUGGAACCCAGCUGCCGCCGCGCCCCCCAAGCCAGAGGAGGAGGAGCCCCCUGGCCCUGAGCCCAAGCAGCCGGAGGACGCCGAGGUUUCCAAGAUCAGCGCUGGCGUGCGGGGGGCCGGGGAGGAGAAGCCCUCGGCUGCCCCCCCGCAGCUGCUGUCGCCCCCCAAAUCCCCGGCAUUCGCCCGCCUGCCGGAGCAGGCCUCCCCGCUGCUGAGCCCCGAGGCGGGCGGCAGCCGCAGCAGCAGCGUGGUGUCGGUGGAGAAGUGCAGCACGCCGGGCUCGGGGCGCUCCCGCACGCCCCUGACGGCCGCCCAGCAGAAGUACAAGAAGGGGGACGUGGUCUGCACCCCCAACGGCAUCCGCAAGAAGUUCAACGGCAAGCAAUGGCGCCGGCUCUGCUCCCGCGAGGGCUGCAUGAAGGAGUCCCAGCGGCGGGGGUACUGCUCCCGCCACCUCUCCAUGCGCACCAAGGAGCUGGAGAGCCUGUCGGAGGGCCGGGCCAGCGGGCUGCGGGAGGGCAGCGCCGAGUUCGACUGGGAUGAGACGUCCCGCGACAGCGAGGCCAGCAGCGCCCGCGGCGACUCCCGCCCCCGCCUGGUGGCGCCGGCCGACCUGUCCCGCUUCGAGUUCGACGAGUGCGAGGCGGCCGUCAUGCUGGUGUCCCUGGGCAGCUCGCGCUCGGGCACCCCGUCCUUCUCGCCCGUCUCCACGCAGUCGCCCUUCUCGCCCGCCCCCUCGCCGUCCCCCUCGCCCCUCUUCGGCUUCCGGCCCGCCAACUUCAGCCCCAUCAACGCCUCGCCCGUCAUCCAGCGGGCAGCCGCCCGCAGCCGCCACGUCAGUGCCAGCACGCCCAAGGGGGCGGGGGGCGGCGUGCUGAGCCCCGAGAUGCUGCACCAUGCCCCGCACCGGGAGCGGCACUCCUCGGGCAUCGUGCCCACCUUCCAGACCAACCUGACCUUCACCGUGCCCAUGAGCCCCAGCAAGCGCAAGGCAGAGGCGCCCCACGGCGGGCCGGGGGGGGGCGCCGACUUCCAGAAGAGCGACAGUCUGGACUCGGGGGUGGAGUCGGUCUCCCACACCCCCACCCCCUCCACGCCCGCCGGCUUCCGGGCUGUCUCACCGCCGGGCCCCGGGCCCUUCUCCUCCCGCUCCCAGCAGGCCUCGCCGCUUUUGCUGCUCUCCCCACCCGCCGGGCUGACCUCCGACCCCAGCCCCAUGGUGCGCCGGGUGCCGGCCGUGCAGCGGGACUCGCCUGUCAUCGUCCGCAACCCCGACGUGCCGCUGCCUUCCAAGUUCACAGAGAAGCCCCGGGAGGGGCGGGCAGGCAGCCCCCGGCUGGGCAAGGUGGGCACGAAAGAACAGCUGCAGGUGCCGGUGCCCAUCAAUAUGGGGCGGGCGCUCCCCUGCAGCCAGGCCAGCGCUGUCCCGGCCCCUGAGCAGGCACCCCCCGUCUUCAGCGUCUCCUCGCCCUUCCAGCCGGUCGCCUUCCACCCCUCCCCGGCUGCCCUGCUGCCCGUCAUUGUGCCCAACGACUACCCCGGGCCGCCAGCCCCCAAGAAAGAGAUCAUCAUGGGCCGGCCUGGCACAGUCUGGACCAACGUGGAGCCGCGCUCUGUGGCCGUGUUCCCGUGGCACUCCCUUGUGCCCUUCCUGGCCCCCAGCCAGCCGGACUCUUCCGUCCAGCCCAGCGAGGGCCAGCAACCUGUCAAUCACCCCGCAGUGUCCAAUCAGAACAAAGAGCCUCCAGAAUCAGCGGCUGUUGCCCAUGACGUCACGGGUGUGGUGUCAGGGGCUGAGCUGGGAAAACGGGAGGCUUCCCGCCCCGACAGCCCAGCCUCAGCCCCCCAGGCCACGGCAGCGGCUGGAGGGGCAGAGGGCCCUUCCCAGCUCGUGGACGAGGCCCCAGGGCCCCCAAGACUGGACAGCGAGACAGAGAGUGACCACGAUGACGCGUUCCUGUCGAUUGUGUCCCCCGAGAUCCAGCUCCCUCUGCAGCCCGGGAAGCGCCGGACGCAGUCGCUGAGCGCCCUGCCCAAGGAGCGAGACUCCUCCUCCGAGAAGGAUGGGCGCAGCCCCAACAAGCGGGAGAAGGACCAUAUCCGGCGGCCCAUGAACGCCUUCAUGAUCUUCAGCAAGCGGCACCGGGCCCUGGUGCACCAGCGGCAUCCGAACCAGGACAACCGCACGGUCAGCAAGAUCCUGGGCGAGUGGUGGUACGCCCUGGGGCCCAAGGAGAAGCAGAAGUACCAUGACCUGGCCUUCCAGGUGAAGGAGGCGCACUUCAAGGCACACCCCGACUGGAAGUGGUGUAACAAGGACCGGAAGAAGUCGAGCUCGGACGCCAAGCCCUCGGCACCGGGGCCUGGGGGGGGCCCCAAGGAGGCGCGGGAGCGCAGCAUGUCGGAGACGGGCACGGCUGCCGUGCCGGGAGCCUCCUCGGAGAUCCCGGUGCUGGCAGGGCCAGAGGGCAAGGCAGGGGGCACGGGGCACGUGCCCGGGGAGCGGCUGAUCCACGUGGUGGGGUCUGGGGCGCAGCGGCCCCGGGCCUUCUCUCACAGCGGGGUGCACGGGCUGAACACCGGGGAGCGGGACAGCCAGGCGCUGCAGGAGCUCACACAGAUGUGCUCCAGCCCGUCACCCUACCCCGGCGGGAAGGGGCAGUAUGGGGGGCCGGGCCCCUCUGGGACCCCAUUCGCAGCUCCAGGUGAGGGGCCCCGGCCCCCCCUACUGCCGCCAGCCCCCCGUGCCGCCCGCUCCCAGCGUGUGGCCAGCGAGGACAUGACGAGCGAUGAGGAGCGCAUGGUCAUCUGCGAGGAGGAGGGGGACGAUGAUGUAAUUGCGGACGAUGGGUUCAACCCGCCCGACAUUGACCUGAAGUGCAAGGAGAGGGUGACGGACAGUGAGAGCGACACCUCUUCAGACGAGGAGCCCGACGGCAAGGGCUUUGGGCGGAAGCUCUUCUCCCCAGUGAUCCGCUCCCCGCCGCUGCCCCCCUCCUCGGGCGCCUUUGCCCCCUGCCGCCCGCCAGCCCCCCCUGAGCUGGACCUGCCCCAUGGCCCCGACCAGCCACCCCUGGCCAAGCCCUACAGCCCCUUCCCGCUGGCGCCCAGCCCGUUCAAGGCCCAGGACUCGCGGGGGGCCCAGCCCCCCGCCCCCGCGCCAGCCAAGCGCCCUGAGCCGGCUCCCCCCUACCGCCGGAAGCGGGCUGACAGCGCCGGGGGGGCGGAGACAGGCGCCGCCGGGCCCUCGGUCAUCCCCCCCCCCGGGGGGGCGCUGCAGGCGCUGGUGCUGCCCGAGCCGGGGCGCCUGUCCGCGGGCACGGUGCUGGUGACGGCGCCCUCGCUCAGCGGCUACGGGGGGGCGCCGGCCCGCACGGCCUCCACCGUGGUCACCAACGUGGUCAAGCCGGUGAGCAGCACCCCGGUGCCCAUCGCCAGCAAGCCCUUCCCCCGGGGGGUGGGAGAGGGCGGGCCCCUGCUCAGCCCCCCAGCCCUGGAGCCGGCCCCGCCAGCCCUGGCCGUGCUGGGGGGCGCCAAGCCCGAGGCCGUGCCUGUGGGGCGCAUCGGCCUCCUCUACGCUGACAAGAAGCCCCCGCCCCCUGCCAGCCAGGCCCCCUCCCCCCACCUGGUGGCCGGGCCCCUGCUCGGGCCGGUGCCCAAGGCCCCGGUGGCCCCGGGCAACGUGGUGACCAACCUGCUGGUGGGGCAGGCGGGGGGGGCGGGGGCCGGGCCGGCCCCAGUGACCGUGCUGCCACCGCAGCCCUCGGUGCAGUUCAUCACCCAGAACCCCUCGGGGUCCGGGCCCAAUGGGCCGGUGCCCCUGGGCAUCCUGCAGCCCCAGGGCCUCCUGCCGGGGGCCCCAGGCAAGGCAGGGAGCAUCACCCAGGUGCAGUACAUCCUGCCCACCCUACCCCAGCAGCUGCAGGUGGCUGGGGGCAAGGGGGUAGGGGCUGGAGCCGCCAGCAUCCACUUCACCCUGCCCCCCACCGGCAGCAAGGUGCUCGCCACCACGCCCCACGGCCUGCCCGUCCUCCAGCCCGGGCCUGGCAACGCCAGCACCGUCGUCUCCACCACCCCCAAAGCCCAGUCAGCGUCUCCAGUGCAGGCCCCAGGCCCCGGAGGCUCUGCCCACCUGGUGCAGGGCAAGGUGCUGGUACCCGUGGCCACGCCCCAGGUGACGGUGCGGCCCGGGGGUGGGGCCGGCCCCAUGGCCCAGGUGGCGCCACCCUUCCCGGUGCCCCUGCAGAACGGAGCCCAGCCUGCCAGCAAGGUCAUCCAGGUGACCUCGUUGACCCCUGCUCUGAACAGUGGCGCCCUGGCGCCCCCCCUGAGCCCAGCCACGGCCCUCGUGGGACCCUCCGGUCAGGCCCAGAAGGUGCUGCUGCCCUCCUCCUCCACUAGGAUCACCUAUGUGCAGUCCACAGGCGGGCACCAGCUGACCCUGGGCACCUCGGCCUCCCCCUCGCAGCCUGGCGCCGCCCCCGCUGCCACCUACGUGCAGGCCCCUGUGGGGCCGGCCCCCAUGGCCCUGGGCUUCACGGCCAUCGGGCCCAGCGGGCCGGCUAUUGUACAGCCGCUGCUCUCGGGCCCCCUCGCCUUCCCCCCGGCGCCUGCCCGGCCCCCGCGCCCUCCGCCGAAGCCCCCCCAGAAGGUGAAGGCCGCCAUCGCCAGCAUCCCCGUGGGCUCCUAUGAGUCGGCCCCGUCACCCGGCCCUGCCCGGCCUCCAGGGGGGCAGCAGACGGAGCCUGGGGGGCCCCCCCGCGUCUCCCGGGAGCUGGAGAGCCCAAGGGAGCCUCCGGAGCUGCCUGCCCCCUCCCCUCCGCCCCAGCCCCCCAGACCCGGCCCAGCUCCGGAGCCAGACAGCUGGGAUGGGCGCCCCCCCUCGCCCGCGCCCCCCCAGCACCCAGUGCCUGAGGCUGAGAGCGGUGAGGGCUGGAGCCAGCGGGAGGCUGCGCCAGGGGCUAGUGAGGAACGAACACCCCGAGAGCAGGCGAGCGCCCCCGGAGCUGCCCCGGGGGGCAAGGGGCCGGAGACGGUGAGUAACCUACCCCCCCGGGCGCCUGUCUCCCCCGACUGGAGGGUCCCGGGCCCUGAGAGCCGCCCGGAGGUCCCAGCGGCCCCUGCUGGCUCCUCGUCCUCCUCUGCGCUCAGCCCCGCCCCUGCUGGCUCUGGGGAGGGGCCCCGGGGGGCAGGUCCAAUCCCCGGUGCACCCGAGGGCCCAGAGCGCAAGGAGGGGGGGGGCGGCAAGAAGGUGAAGGUUCGGCCUCCCCCGCUGAAGAAAACCUUUGACUCGGUGGACAACAGGGUUCUGUCGGAGGUGGAUUUCGAGGAGCGCUUCGCUGAGCUGCCCGAGUUCAAGCCCGAGGAGGUUCUGCCCUCGCCCACGCUGCAGUCCCUGGCCACGUCGCCCCGCGCCAUCCUGGGCAGCUACCGCAAGAAGCGCAAAAACUCCACCGACCUGGACUCCUCCACCGAGGACCCCAUCUCACCCAAGCGGAAGAUGCGGCGCCGCUCGAGCUGCAGCUCGGAGCCCAACACGCCCAAGAGCGCCAAGUGCGAGGGCGACAUCUUCACCUUCGACAAGACGGGCGCGGAGGCGGAGGACGUGCUGGGGGAGCUGGAGUACGAGAAGGUCCCGUAUUCGUCGCUGCGCCGGACCCUGGACCAGAGGCGGGCGCUGGUCAUGCAGCUCUUCCAGGACCACGGCUUCUUCCCCUCAGCCCAGGCCACGGCCGCGUUCCAGGCCCGCUACUCCGACAUCUUCCCCACCAAGGUCUGCCUGCAGCUGAAGAUCCGCGAGGUGCGGCAGAAGAUCAUGCAGGCGGCCACCCCCACCGAGCAGGCGCCCAGCACCCCCGAGCCGGGGGGCCCAGGCGGUGGCGGAGCCGCUGAGGGGCAGCCCCCGGAGCCCGCGCCCCCCCAGGACUCGGACCCGGGGGCAGAGGCAGGGGGCAGCACCAGCUGGGACAAUAGCCAGACAUCUCCCCCGGGGGGCGCCGCAGGCAGUGGCAGAUGAAGGGCCUUGAGUGGCACGGCUGGAAGCAAAGCAUUCUGGGAGCUUCGCCCACCUUCCUGCUACGCCCCGGCCUGACGGGGGCCCCGGCAAAGAUGUUUCCUUGCUCCCCUGGGAUGGUCCGCUCCACCAUGGACUGCAGCGCCCCCCCACAAGGAUGGUCUGCUCCGCCAUGGGCGCCUGCCCCUUCCCCAGCUGGGAUGGUCUGCUCCACCAUGGACUGCAGCGCCCCCCCGCAAGGAUGGUCUGCUCCGCCAUGGACUGCAACACCCCCUGCAAGGAUGGUCUGCUCUGCCAUGGGCGCCUGCCCCCUCCCCAGCUGGGAUGGUCUGUUCCACCAUGGACUGCAGCGCCCCCCCGCAAGGAUGGUCUGCUCCGCCAUGGGCACCAGCGCCUGCCUCCCCCCAGCCAGGAUGGUCUGCUCUGCCAUGGGUAUCGGUACCAGCGCCUGCCUGCUCCCCCCCCUCACUGGGAUGGUCUGCUCCACCACAGAUGCCAGCGCCUCCUCCCCCCCCAGCCAGGAUGGUCUGUUCUGCCAUGGGCACCAGCGCCUGCCCCCCCCCAGCCGGGAUGGUCUGCUCCGCCACAGAUGCCAGCGCCUCCCCCCCACGCUCCACAAGGAUGGUCUGCUCCCCCAUGGGCACCAGGGUGUGCCCUACCCCCCUGCUGGGAUGGUCUGCUCCACCAUGAUGCCAGUGGCUACCCCAUCCCCACUGUGGCACCCAGACCGGCCCAUUGCAGGCUCCCGGCCCCGCCCCGUUGCCGUGGCGACUGCGGGGGGGACAUGGACACCUGGAAAGUGACGACUUUUAAUAAUGUUAAAUAUUUUGAGACCUGA